AUGAGUAUAAAUCCAAAGCUAUUUACUGCUUACACUCAAGAUAAUAUCAGUGAAGCAUUCAAUGUGGCAAGAUCUAAUAGUAACCCAGAAGUUACGAAUGUACACCUAGCUAUUGCUAUGCUAAAGGAUCCGAAAGGAUUCCCCUAUCUAGUCUGUCAAAAAGCUGAAAUCGACGUGGAGUUGCUGAAGAAGAAGUUGAAUGAGCAGUUGAAGAAGCUUCCCAAGCAAGAUCCUUUACCUGAAGAACUCUAUGUCAGUGGAGCUCUUGGAAAGACUUUAAGUAUUGCUCAGGAGAACGCUGCCUCGCAGAAGGACUCUCGUGUGGCUCAGGAUCAUGUGCUGGCUGCUAUGUUUAACGACUCUACGAUGAAAUCCUUGUUCGAGAGUGUGGGUUUGACGAAGAAGAAGUUGGAUAACGCUAUUAAGGAGAAGAGAGGAUCUGCUCAAGCCAAUUCGGACGCUCCUGAAGGCGCGUACGACGCUUUGAAUCAGUACGGAAUUGAUCUGGUGAAGCAGGCCGAGGAAGGAAAGAUCGAUCCUGUGAUUGGCCGAGACGAGGAAAUCCGUCGCGUGAUCCGAAUUCUGUGUCGUCGAACCAAGAACAACCCUGUUCUGAUCGGUGAGCCUGGUGUGGGAAAGACCGCAAUCGUGGAAGGUCUCGCGAACCGAAUCGUCCAGGGCGAUGUCCCUGAAACCCUUCGCGUUCGCUUGAUCUCUCUGGAUCUGGGAGCGCUGAUCGCAGGUGCCAAAUACCGUGGAGAAUUCGAAGAGCGACUGAAGGCUGUGAUGAACGAAGUGAAGCAGAGCGAGGGCAAAAUCAUUCUGUUCAUCGAUGAAAUGCACUUGCUUCUGGGCGCUGGAAAGACGGACGGCGCGAUGGACGCUGCGAAUCUGCUGAAGCCCAUGCUGUCGCGAGGUGAAUUGCGAGUCAUCGGCGCUACGACACUGGAGGAAUACAAGAAAUACGUUGAGAAGGACGCCGCGUUCGAGCGACGAUUCCAGCAAGUGUAUGUGGGCGAACCCAGCGUGGAGGACACCGUGAGUAUUCUGCGAGGCUUGAAAGAUCGCUAUGAGCGAUAUCACGGCGUUCGCAUCGAUGACUCGGCGCUGGUUUUGGCUGCGAAAUUGUCGCAUCGAUACAUCCAGGAUCGAUUCCUGCCCGAUAAGGCGAUCGAUCUCGUGGAUGAGGCGUGCGCGAACAUUCGCGUGCAGCUGGACAGCCAGCCCGAGGAGAUCGAUCGACUGGAGCGCAAGCAGCUGCAGCUGGAGAUCGAGCAGACGGCGAUGGAGAACGAGAAGGACGAAGCCAGCAAAGCGCGGUUAGAGAAGUUGAAGCCGCUGAUGAUGCGCCAUGAGAAAGAGAAGGAAGGAAUGGACGAGCUCCGCCGAUUGAAGAAUAAAGUCGCGGAGACGCAGAACAAAAUCGAAGCGGCCAAGCGAGUGCACGACACGGCGCGUGCCUCCGACCUUCAGUAUUACGUGCUUCCCGACUUGGAAGAAGCGAUUAAGCGCCAAGAAGAGGAGAUCGAGAAGCAGAAAGACUCGCGAAUGCUCAAAGAAGAAGUGACUGCGAACGACAUUUGCCACGUGGUGAGCAACUGGACGGGCAUUCCGAUGGAUCGCCUCAGCACUUCCGACCGCGAUCGCUUGAUCCAGCUCCCGCAGCGACUCAGCGAGAAGGUUGUUGGACAAUCGGCGGCCAUCGAGGCGGUCAGCAACGCCAUUCUUCGCUCCCGCGCGGGGCUUUCGCGCGAAGGAAAGCCGACCGGCUGCUUCCUCUUCCUGGGUCCCACCGGCGUGGGCAAGACCGAGCUGGCGAAGAAACUGGCGCUGGAGCUGUUCAACGAUGAGAAGCACAUCGUGCGAAUCGAUAUGUCGGAGUACAUGGAGAAACACUCCGUGUCGCGAUUGGUCGGCGCGCCUCCAGGCUACGUGGGCUACGAAGAGGGCGGUGAAUUGACCGAAGCGGUGCGUCGCCGUCCGUACAACGUGAUUCUGCUGGAUGAAGUGGAGAAGGCGCAUCCGGAUGUGUGGAAUCUGUUCUUGCAGGUGUUCGACGAUGGACGACUGACCGACAAACAAGGCCGAACGGUGGAUUUCUCGAACACGGUGAUCAUCAUGACGUCGAAUUUGGGCGCGGAUAUCUUGCUGGAAGAUGUGGAGCGACAGAGACGGACGCGAUCGAAUGAGGGAUUGUGCGAGGAGUAUCCGUCUGCGCGAAGAGUCGCGGUCACUCCCGGCAUUAGCGAGGAAGCGGAGAAGCGCGUGAUGCAGGUGAUUCGAAGCCACUUCCGACCCGAGUUUUUGAACCGACUGGACGAGAUCAUCAUGUUCAAUCCACUGGGAUAUGAGCAGAUGAAGAAGGUGAUGAAGCUCCAGAUUGACGAGCUGAACGAUCGGCUGAAGGAGCAGAAUAUGGCACUGGAGGCGGACGAUUCGGCGCUGGAGAAGAUCAUGGAGGACGCGUACGAUCCGCUGUAUGGAGCGCGUCCGUUGAAGCGCUACAUCGAGAGAGCGAUCGUUACCGACUUGAGCAAGCGGCUGAUUGCGGGAACGAUCAUCCCUGGAUUCAUUUACACUCUCUCUGCAAAGAACGGUGUGUUCGAGUAUACUUCAACUGGCAAAGCGUAUCAUAGCAAGUAAUCGUUAUCAUUAGUGUGUGUAUAAUUAGUGU